AUGUCCACUGCUCCAUCUCUAAGUCAGGGAAUGCAAAACAGUCUUCAUGAAGACCAUGAAGCUUUGAUGUUCCACUCCUACACAUGCGCAUACUACGUCCAAAGCCCUUCCACCAUCUCCCAUGCAAACACCACCAAUGAAGAUCAUCAAUCUGCUAAUUUCCAAUUCCAUUCCCCCAAUCGAUCCUUAACAACCUUUCCCAAUAAGAACCUCGAGGUUUCUAGAUUUAUCCUUUCACGUUACUCAUCCUCUCGUGGAUCAAACAACUCCUUUUUGCAUGAGAAAAAGAUUGUUGGAGCUGAUCAGAAAGGAGGCGUUGACAAUGCAGUUGAUGAUGAUAACGAAGAGGAGGAUGAAGAAGAGGGGUUUUACGAGAAGAAAAGAGGGUGGUGGUGGAGGUAUUGUUCUUUUAGAAGAUCUAAUUCAUGCGCCUGGAUUUCUUUACAGAUAUGUUGGAGGCUUGUGUUGAGCCUGGUAGUUGCAUUGCUUGUCUUCUACAUUGCUACAAAGCCACCAGCUCCUAAGAUUUCUAUUAAGAUGGCAGGAGUUCGUCAAUUCGAACUAGGGGAAGGAAUGGAUGCCUCAGGUGUUACAACCAAGAUUCUCACCUGCAACUGUUCUAUCGACCUACUCAUAGAAAACAAAUCAAAGCUCUUCGGUCUCCACAUCCACCCUCCAAUGAUGGACAUAUCCUUUGGUCGCCUGCCUUUUGCUCUGUCACACGGACCAGAAUUAUAUGCCCAGAGCGCUGGGUCAUCAAUAUUUCAGUUAUACAUUGGAACAAGGAAUAAACCAAUGUAUGGCGCUGGGAGAAACAUGCAGGACUUGCUAGAGUCAGGAAUGGGAUUGCCACUAGUGAUUCGUUUGAAGCUGAGCUCCAAUAUUCGAGUUGUGUGGAACCUUAUCAAGCCAAGGUUCCAUCACCAAGCUGAAUGCUUAUUAGUCCUUGAUAGCAUUUAUGAUGAGAAGCAUCGAACCCAAAAAUAUAAUAGCACCUGCACAAUAUCUUCUUCAUAG